GAUAACGCAAAAACCUCUCUCGUCUUCCAACUCCACCACACACACACACAACACCCAAGACGACAAUGGCUCUUUCUUCUGCUACCUUCUCUACCUCUCUCCGCGUCGAUACGGCGCCGUUCCGAAGCUCGCCGUCUCUCCGUAUUUCUCCUCAUCCGGCUAACCUGCGUAUGGUGCGAGCCGUGACCUCCGCGACAGCGGCGGCGUCCUCGGAGCCGUCUUCAACCACCAAGACGAGGGAGCCACGUGGCAUCAUGAAGCCUCGCCCGGUGACCCCCGAGAUGCAGGACGUUGUAGGCGAGUCGGUGAUACCUCGCACACAGGCCCUCAAGCGUAUUUGGGCUUACAUCAAGGAACACGACCUUCAAGAUCCACAAAACAAGAAGGUUAUAAUCUGCGACGAGAAGCUGAAGAAGAUAUUUGAUGGCAAAGACCGUGUCGGCUUCUUGGAGAUUGCAAAGCUCAUCGGCCCUCACUUUCUCUGAAUGAAAUGAAAUGAAAUUUGGCUGGAAAAAAAAAGACAAUCAAUCAUUUGCGUAUCUUUUGGUGAGCUAUCAAGGCAGAUUACAUAUUAGUAAAAUGUUAGGGGUUUUAAGAAGUUUUAUUCAACCAAGUUUAGUAGUUAAACCUUUGGAGGAUAUCUAUAGUCGGUUAUGUGUCUCCUUGCUUCCCAUUUGCGGUUACAAAUAUGCUUCAUCUUUUUUUUUUAGGACAUGAACAACUCUUUUAUGAAUCUGUCAGUUGUGUUCUUUACAUCGUU